AAAGCCGCGGCGAGCCAAUGGGACGCGGCGAUCCAGCCUUGGGCUUGGAGGCCCGGGGAGGAGGAGGCAGAAAAAGAGGGAAGGAGAGGCGCAAAACCACCGGAUCCUGCCCUGUCAGGGGCUGUGUUCCCUUCCGAAGGGGGGAGGGAAGCGGGAAGGGAAACCAUUCAUGCUUUUAUUAGAUUUGGAGGGACUUUGGGGGUCCCCUUCGCGGGUGCGCAAUUGCGCGCCGGGCUGUUGCUGCUUUGGCGCGCCCCCGGUCAUCUUUGCCGUUCCUCCAGGCUGCGCGGAGGCUACAGCUGGAGCAACUCUCCUUUUAAAGUCCAAUGUCUAGAAAACCAUAACCAUUUUCCUUCCAAACAAACAAACAAAAAAUAUUCCUGCAGGAUGGAUGGAUUUUAUGACCAGCAAGUGCCUUACAUGGUCACCAAUAAUCCCUGUGGGAGAAACUGUAAUGAACGACCAACAAAUGUCAGGAAAAGAAAAUUCAUUAAGAGAGAUCUGGCUCAUGACUCAGAAGAACUGUUUCAAGAUCUGAGCCAAUUACAGGAGACAUGGCUUGCCGAAGCUCAGGUACCUGACAAUGAUGAGCAGUUUGUACCAGACUACCAGGCCGAGAGUUUGGCUUUUCAUGGCCUCCCGCUGAAAAUCAAGAAAGAACCCCACAGUCCAUGUUCUGAACUCAGCUCGGCGUGUAGUCAAGAACAACCAUUCAAAUUCAGUUAUGGGGAAAAGUGCCUGUACAAUGUCAGUGCCUAUGAUCAGAAGCCACAAGUGGGAAUGAGGCCCUCCAACCCAUCAACUCCAUCAAGCACUCCAGUUUCGCCAUUGCAUCAUGCCUCCCCAAACUCGGCUCAGAAUCCAAAACCUGACCGGGUUUUUCCUGCUCACUUGCCUCCAUCACAGCCCAUUCCAGACAACGGUUUUCCUAUGGACCACAGAUUCCGCCGUCAGCUCUCGGAACCUUGCAAUUCAUUUCCUCCUUUGCCUGCCAUACCAAGGGAAGGCCGCCCAAUGUACCAACGGCAGAUGUCUGAGCCAAACAUCCCUUUCCCACCACAAGGGUUUAAACAGGAGUAUCAUGAUCCAGUGUAUGAACACAAUGCCAUGGUUGGCAAUUCAAUCAAUCAGAACUUCCCCCCUCCUAUGAUGAUUAAACAGGAGCCUAGAGAUUUUGCAUAUGAUUCAGAAGUGCCUAGCUGCCAUUCCAUUUACAUGAGGCAAGAAGGCUUCCUGGCUCACCCAAACAGAACAGAAGGCUGCAUGUACGAAAAGGGACCGAGACAAUUUUACGAUGAUACCUGUGUUGUUCCGGAGAAGUUUGAUGGGGAUAUCAAGCAGGAACCAGGAAUGUACCGGGAGGGACCCACAUACCAGCGAAGGGGCUCUCUUCAGCUAUGGCAGUUCUUGGUUGCCCUUCUGGAUGAUCCAUCAAACUCUCAUUUCAUUGCUUGGACUGGCCGAGGAAUGGAGUUCAAGCUGAUUGAACCAGAAGAGGUGGCACGUCGCUGGGGAAUUCAGAAAAACAGGCCAGCCAUGAACUAUGAUAAACUUAGCCGUUCACUUCGUUAUUAUUAUGAGAAGGGGAUCAUGCAAAAGGUUGCUGGGGAGAGAUACGUCUACAAGUUUGUUUGUGAUCCUGAAGCCCUCUUCUCCAUGGCCUUUCCGGACAACCAGCGCCCUUUGCUGAAGACUGACAUGGAACGCCAUAUCAAUGAAGAGGACACCGUCCCUCUGUCUCACUUCGAUGAGAGCAUGGUCUACAUGCAAGAAGGAAGCUGCUGUAACACCCACCCUUAUAAUGAAGGCUAUGUGUAUUAACCGCAGUGACACUAAAGCAUCCCCUUUCCUCUGGCCCAUUCCCACCUGCCCCAAAAAGCUUUCCCUCUUUCAUGAGACCAGGAGGAAAGCUGAACCCCCUUCAGUUGGUUUUGUAAAAAAAUAAUUAAAAAGGGUGUUUUUUAUUUUAAAAAAAGAAUAAAAUAGUACUAUAAAGGGGCUUCUCCUGUUGCAUUACUCCUAUGGUCUGCCAUGGACGGUGCACUUUAUUUGAAAGGGGAAGAUUGGGAUCUAAUGAUUUAUUCUUUGGAACAAGAAGAAAAAGGAUGGGUCUGCUUUUCUUUAAUUCUUUUCCUCUUUUCAUGUUGGGAAUGAAACAUACAGAGUUUAAUUAUAAAGCUGUAUCAUGUCUUUAUUUUUGUUUUGUUAUGUUUCAUAUUAGCUUAAAGAUUAUUCUACAUGUUUUCUGGGUAGCUGUAGUACUGUUAAUUUUAGGAGUGGUCAGUAAUCAAUAAUCAUUUGUACAUUAUCUGGGGAGUUGUCUGCCAUGGGCACUUUUCCCUUCCUGUUGCCUCACCUUAUUUUCUGCAUUUUAUUUUUCAAAAAACAUACAGAGAAGAUAACUUCACUGAAUCAGAAUAAUAAUCCAUCAAUGCGGUGAUGUUUACACAGGCUGGAAUGACUCUUUGAGAGUUUCAAAUGGAUGUCUUUCCCAGCAAUACUGGGAGAUUAGAGAUGCAGCUCUUCACAAAUUUCAUUCUUAGAGGAAGCAAGAAGUGAUUGUAACUUAUUUUUUCUCUGCCAUGAAAGGGUCUUCAGAAACUGCAGGUUUUGGAAGCUAUUCACAGUUUGGGACUUACUCUGCACAAAAUUCACACACAAAAUUUCUGUUCAGAAAAAAGCAUUUUCAAUAUAGAAAAUGAUACUUUGUGCAAAAUUUUGCAUUUUUCGGUACAGAACAGUAUUUUCUGUUCAUGUAACAGCAUUCUCGGCAUCAGAAAAUACUAUCUUCUAUGGAGUAAAACUGAGCAAAUUUUGUGCAGAGUAAAUCCUGAAAUGCAAAGAUUCUUGUUGCAGUUAAUUGUUUUUAUUUUGUAAGAACUGGGCAAAAAUUAAUUGGAAAGAAAGAAAUUGAGCUUAUAAACAAUUUUGACUGAGAAGCCAAAAUGACAGGUUACUGUAUCCAGUGUAUUGUGUGUUUAAUUUUUGAAAGUCCAGGUUUCAAUACCAGUGUAUUCAACCACGAUGGUGCUGAACUAGCACUGCCAUUUCCAUUUCCAAAAGUAUCCUCAGCUUUAACCUCAUUAUGAUGGGCACAAACAAAACAUGUUUCUUUAACCAGGGAAUAUCUGUCCCUAUUAAAUUUAACCAGUGCAAAUGAGAGAUAAUUUCAUUUCAGUCUGCAUUUGGAAAAUGUACAAAAUUCCCGCUCAUCCUUCCAUAUUUGAAACAGAAAGAACAUGAGGUUUAAAAUAUUCAAGUGUGUGCAUGGGUUGAGUGUGGCAAAACUUGACAGAGGUUUUUUGUCCCUAAAACCCUGUGCAUGCAAAGUAUAUAAUCUGCCAGUAAUGGCAGAUUCAGGACUCAAUAUAGUACUGUCCUUUUUUUAUUUUGUUCUAAACGCCACCAUUUGUUUUGUAUUUUGCCCUCUCUUUAAAUUUCUAAAAAAACAACAACAAAAAACCUUCCUCCCUCUUUGUGUUCAUUAAUGGGUCAUUAAGGAAAGAAUUCACUCUGGACUGAAGAGCACAAUUCCUGGCUCGAAACUGCAAAUUGCAGGGUUGUAGCUUAGCUUCUUGUAUCUGGUGCCAUCUUGCUAUGCAAGUACAGCACAUUUGAUCUUUUUAGACCUUUCAGUACCCACCUGAGUAUAAUAAUUACAUGUGCUGAAACAUUUUGGAAUAUCAUUUCAACAUUAAAUACAGGAUUGUGAUCACAGAGGAGAUCUAUUGCGUCCUUCCAUUUGCUUUGGUGCAUAAAUAAGUUAUUUAAUCAAUAGGAAUUAACUGUACUAGUUCUCAUAUCUCAUCCUGCUGUUUAGACUGCAGUGCACACUCCUUGACAAAAUAUCCAAUACACAACAUAGGUACUUAAGUAAUUUUAGACAUGGUACCCAUUAAUAUGCAUUUAAACCUUUUACUGCUGCGUUAUGUUGAUAAACAUAUAUACAUACUAGGUAAUGCUAAUGCUUAUGCUGCUGUCUUAUUUCUGUAAAAUUAUCUUUGCUGACUUUACUAUGCCCAUUUAUAAGCAAUGCUGUAACUACAGGUAGCAUUUCAGGACAAAAUAGAUGACUUGAACCAUUUAUUGCUUAGAGAAAAAAAUCGCUUAUGCCACAGCUGUGCUAUAAGCAGCUUUUAUGCGCAUCGAGAAAUGGACAGUAAGCCUGUGUUUGCUAAGAGGAGCUCUGCGGAACUUUUUAUAAUUUUCAGUGGAGCAUAGACUCUACGAACUGUCAGAGAGUACAAUGAAUUUGCUGUAUAAUGUUGUAGUGCUGGCACUGAAGCUUAUCAAUCAACUUUGUUUUGGACACUAAAUGUACAUGUGAUCAGAUGUUUGAAAGACCAUUUCAAGGUUAUUUUUUAAUUUUCUUUUUUAAACUGUUUUUAAUUUUUUAAGUUUGAGAAGGCUAAUGUCAAAAGGAAGACACACAUUUAUUCUGCAUAUAAAAUUUAAAAAGAAAAGAUUUAAAUAUUUAUGAACACCUUUUAUUGAAACGUGUUUCCUAGUUUGAAAAAGAUAGAAAUGAGGUUUGAGCUGUCCAGUGAGUACUUUAAACAGUGAUUCUCCACAAAAGCCUAGACACACACACACACACUUUGACAGUUAAGAUCAACUCUGAAAGAAGGAAGGCGGGAAUAGGAGUCCAUAAUCGUUAGCCACAGAAAUAAUGUUUCAUUGUAAAUGACAUGAUAUCAAAGAUGCCUUGAGGUGGUGAUUUACUUUGCACUCACUGUCGAUCUGGAAACCAGUAAAGCUAUAAAUGAUUUAUUAUGCAAUUCAUUUCAGACUGAUGAGUAUGAGCCACUAUAAACCACACAGCUGUAGAAAUAGCACACUGGUUAUGCAUCUAAAAUACUCAGAGAAGCAUAAGAUAACUUAAUAGGUGCAUGUGUAUAGGUUCAGGGCAUGUUAUCCUUCCAAAAAAUAGACCAGCCUUUAAGUAUUCCCAGGUGUGAUCAAUAGUUGAUGUCAACGGCUGGCUUUAAACUUUCUUGGGAAACUUGCUGGUUGGUAGUUAUGAAGUAGAACAUCACUUAAGUUUAUUUUUGACCAGCAUUUACAGACAUUUCAAUAUGGGAUAAAAUGAAACGUGUAAGAUUUGACUGUCUUCUGGCAAUGAGUGAUAAUUUCAUUUGGAUCAGGAUUUCCCAACAUGGACAAAAUUUGAAUGUAAAAGAAGGCAAAACUGACAGAUUGGCCCAUCUCUACCUGUAGGCCAAAUCAGACACCCAUUUGACUUAUUAACAGAAUGGAAUUUGAUCACUAAUACUCGAAGGCAAAAGGAGGCAUAAGUGUACCAGGUCCCAACCCCUCCUUUAUCUUCCUUUGCUUCAUUGCUUUCUCCUCCUUGCCUUGUUUUGUUUUAUUUGAGCAAGGAUUAGGCAACUGGCUGAAAUUAGCAUAGUGUCGUGGCUUGAAGCUGGUGUGUUUGUGUGUCAGGUUUUGAUCCUCUUUUCAGCCUUACACCCUUCUACUAUAAACCAUUUACUCACCUUGCUUCAUAGCAAAAUGGACAAAUGCCUGGUUUGGUCUCCUGGAUGUCAACCUCUCUCCACAUCCAUGGAGUGAUGUCAGGACUCAAUGGUACAUAUUGAGGAUCAGCAUCCAUUGGGUGUGUGCCUGGAAUAUCUUUUAUUACUGGGCAAGUUGUUCUGGAAAAUAGCCCAUGAACAUUUUUUAUAAAGAAAAAACAAACCCUGCAAAUAUUUGGUGCAUGCCUAGAAGAAAACCAUUGGGAAAAUCCAUAUUUAGAAAACCAUAUGCUACUGUUUUCACUGAAUUGGAGCCCUGAAUGUACAAAUUCGGCCACCCCUCUUUAAUAAAACAUUCUGCAAUUGCUUUUGGUUCAUCAAUACUGGUACAGUGCAUCUUGUUAGUACGGUGUGUCUUGUUAGGAAAAAUAUAUCUGGCGAAUGCAAUGGUUGAUUUUAAAAAAGAAACUGUUUCAACUGUCUAAAGAAUAUUUUUAAAGAAAUUAUAUAUACUGUAUAAGGUAGUGAUUCACUGUAAAAAACAAAAAUAAAACAGGCAUUUCACCCGCCAUUAAAUGAAUUACCAGGACAGACAAAGUUGUAUGACAAGUUGUUAUAUGGAAUUGAUUGACCCUUUUGAAACUGUAUCUUUUUGGAAAAGUUUAUUUUAAGUUCUGUUCAAAUUCCACAUUUUUCCAGGUAGAUAAAUAAAUCUGGCAGCUGAUUUCUGAAA